AUGGCAUCAAUCAAUAUUACUCUGACAUCAGUUGUGUGCAAGAACGGCAACCAUUCUGCUCCCUCAAAGUUUGCACAUACUUUUUUCCUGCCUAGGUUUGAUGUGGUUGGACAUGGGUCUGUCAUGCGGAAGAAGGAAAUAUGUCCCACUACCAUUUCAGCCUGUAAAGCUACAUUAACCUUUGAUCCCCCAGCAACAAAUUCAGAGAAAACCAACCAAAGGAAGCACACAGUAGAUCCUGCUGCCCCAGACUUCCUUCCCCUUCCUUCCUUUGAACAAUGUUUUCCAAAAAGCACAAAAGAAUCCAGGGAUGUUAUUUAUGAUGAAUCUGGCAAUGUGCUCAAAGUUUCAUUUCGAAGGGUUCACCUAUCUGGGGAUGAACCCCAUUUUGACACCUAUGACACCAGUGUUCCCCAGAAUGUUAGCCCACGCAACG